UCAGUUGUGGGUCUGAUUCCUCUGCCUCCUUAGCUGUUUCCAGAGCCUCAGCCUGGAAAUCUCCGUCUCCUCCUUGUGGGCGCUAAGUACAAUGGAUCCAGGGCCAAGCUGAAGUCCCGAGUUAAAUCCAAGACCUGAGGGUACUCCCAAUCCCUGAGUAAAGUGCUGCGCUGGGUUGCCGGGCAACUAACUGCUACAGCUGGGGCAGAAGGUGGGUGGGAUGCUGAGAAAAAAAUACCAGGAUCGAGGACAAGAAAAACAGAGUGGGAGGGGCUUUUCAAGGAUCUACGCUUCAGAAUUUACACCAUCCUUCCAAACCGUAGCUGCGUUUCCGGGAACUGAGUUGUGUUUACCUUGGCUUCUGACUAUGUUGGCAACAGGUUUCCUGCAAGGAACAGGCGCGGCUCCACACCAUCGUCCCUCCUCCCCACCCCCUGCCUUUCAAUAGCCAUUUUCCUGAAGCCGGAGGCAUCCCAGAUUAAGGGCAAGGUACGGUCCCUUUAAAAUUGACCUACGGAGGCGGACUGAGCUAAAACUGACGUGCAACCGGAAUGUGAGCUGUAUCAGACACGUGGUACAAGGAGGCAUUCAUCUUGGAACCGGGCAACUGGCAUUUCCGCUCUGGGUAGUACAUCUUUAAAAUAAUGUUAGGGAAGUAUCCGUUCUUGGCUGCUUUUCUUUAAUUGCGUUUCCAAUAUUCUCUCGGUGAUUCUACUCUCGAACAUAGGAUGAAAUUUAGAAUCACACUUCUUUUUCACCUCCACCCCCCCCCCACCUCUAGUGCCCAUAUUAAAAAUGGCGGCUGCCGCCCUCCGCAGUAAUAGUUGUUCAGCGAAUAAAAUCCGGGCGGAAACAGUAGGUAGGCUGGUUCAGUGGGGGCAGAACCUAGGUUGCCUUAGAGAGGUUCUUCGAGGUCCCGAGGGCGGCUCAAGUCAGAGUUGUUGGAUUCUGCUCAGAUUGGUGUGGGAAGAGCCUGCCUGUGGGGAGCGGCCACUCCAUACUGCUGAGGCCUCAGGACUGCUGCUCAGCUUGCCAGUUACCUGAAGAGGCGGCGGAGCCGGGCCCCUGACCGGUCACCAUGUGGGCCUUCUCGGAAUUGCCCAUGCCGCUGCUGGUCAAUUUGAUCGUCUCGCUGCUGGGAUUUGUGGCCACAGUCACCCUCAUCCCAGCCUUCCGGGGCCACUUCAUUGCUGCGCGCCUCUGUGGUCAGGACCUCAACAAAACCAGCCGACAACAGAUCCCAGAAUCCCAGGGAGUGAUCAGCGGUGCUGUUUUCCUUAUCAUCCUCUUCUGCUUCAUCCCUUUCCCCUUCCUGAACUGCUUUGUGAAGGAGCAGUGUAAGGCAUUCCCCCACCAUGAAUUUGUGGCCCUGAUAGGUGCCCUCCUUGCCAUCUGCUGCAUGAUCUUCCUGGGCUUUGCGGAUGAUGUACUGAAUCUGCGCUGGCGCCAUAAGCUGCUGCUACCCACAGCUGCCUCACUACCUCUCCUCAUGGUCUAUUUCACCAACUUUGGCAACACGACCAUUGUGGUGCCGAAGCCCUUCCGCCCGAUUCUUGGCCUGCAUCUGGACUUGGGAAUCCUGUACUAUGUCUACAUGGGGCUGCUGGCAGUGUUCUGUACCAAUGCCAUCAAUAUCCUAGCAGGAAUUAAUGGCCUAGAGGCUGGCCAGUCACUAGUAAUUUCUGCUUCCAUCAUUGUCUUCAACCUGGUAGAGUUGGAAGGUGAUUGUCGGGAUGAUCAUGUCUUUUCCCUCUACUUCAUGAUACCCUUUUUUUUCACCACUUUGGGAUUGCUGUACCACAACUGGUACCCAUCACGGGUGUUUGUGGGAGAUACCUUCUGUUACUUUGCUGGCAUGACCUUUGCCGUGGUGGGCAUCUUGGGACACUUCAGCAAGACCAUGCUACUAUUCUUCAUGCCCCAGGUGUUCAACUUCCUCUACUCACUGCCUCAGCUCCUGCAUAUCAUCCCCUGCCCUCGCCACCGCAUACCCAGACUCAAUAUCAAGACAGGCAAACUGGAGAUGAGCUAUUCCAAGUUCAAGACCAAGAGCCUCUCUUUCUUGGGCACCUUUAUUUUAAAGGUGGCAGAGAGCCUCCGGCUGGUGACAAUACACCAAAGUGAUACUGAGGAUGGUGAAUUCACUGAAUGUAACAACAUGACCCUCAUCAACUUGCUACUUAAAAUCUUUGGGCCCAUACAUGAGAGAAACCUCACAUUGCUCCUGCUGCUGCUGCAGGUGAGGAUGGGGAUUGGGUUUAUACCUCCUUGUCUCCCUUUCUCCGUGAUUCUUACUCCAGUCCAUUUCUCCUUGCAGAUCCUGGGCAGUGCCUUCACCUUCUCCAUUCGAUAUCAGCUCGUUCGACUCUUCUAUGAUGUCUGAGUCCCUUGAUCAUUGUCCUUUACCUCACAGUCUCUAGGAUUCCUGACUCAGGCUGACCUCUCUCUGGUCCCAGACUGCCUCCUUGCCCAGGCCUCUCUCACUCUUCAUACUCUUCCAGAUUUUGUUCUCAGCAUUUUCUUUUCCCUGUGAUCACUGGCAUCCUGGGCGUUUCUUGCCCCCUACUGUCUACUGAUUGGAUUUUACUUAUGACUUUCUGCAACUUGCUACUCUCCCUCUCCAUCCUGUCUUUGCAGCCUCACAGGGUGGGAUACAGCAGUUUUUUUUUUUGCAGUUAUCCACAGUCACAUUUCAGAGUCCUGACUCUCAAGGAACUACUGCUUUUUGGGAUAGAACUUGGGCCAGGGCUAGGGACACAGGCUCCACAGUGACCUGUUAUUUGAUUGUAAAUUAAGUGUUCUGAUUAGUAAGAAGUAAGCAGGGGGCCACAUGCUCUCAAUGGAGACAAUAAAGUGUUGUCUAUUUCUUAUUG